AUGGAGAAAUACAUUCGCAUCCAGGCGCCUCGGACCCCACCUGUUGCUCACAAUCACUGCGCCACGCCCCUCGCAACCCACCGCCUCCAGCUCCAACAGUCCCUUCCCCGAUUGCACGUCGACGAAAUAUCAUACCCUGCACCCUCCCCACCACGGCAUUCCGCAAUCUGUCCCCAAAUCGAACGUGUAAACCCAAAAAUUACACUUUGCCUCGCCACCCCCCUGGCCAUUGCCUCGCCAACCACCCUGAUUUUUCACCGCGCCAAGCCCACCGUCAGACUAACCCUUUCGCCAAUUAACUCGCUUGCCGUCGUGCACCGAUCCCUGAGCCGUAUCAUCCAAUUUUACCAUACUGGCACCAACAAUUGCCUAGCCCAGCCAAUACAAACUCUUCCUCCUGUUUUAGAACUGAGACAUUUCAACCAGCCACAACCAUUCCGGGCCAUCAUGGUGAACACAUUCAAGGUCUGGAUCGCAGCCAACUUGGAUGCCAAGUAG